AUGGCCACAACUCCUCCUCCCGCAGCGGCUACAACCCUCCGAGACUCGAGACAGCCGACUCCUACUUCUCCUGUCGCUCCUACGCCGACUGCUGCUGUUCCUGUUCUUCUGACGUCUGCGUCCGAAUCGAGCGAUGAUGGAAUUCGUUUGAGUCCGGCCGCUGCUCGCCGCUUCGCUCGCCGCAACCUUCGCCGCACAUCUCCAACUCCCGACCUCGUCACUAGUCUCGUUCGGCCGCCCUCGCCAGAUACUUUCUACGUUGGAGCGCAAGUCUCGCAGCAGGUUAGACAAGAUAUCAGAGCCAGAAUUGAUCCCUCAUACUCGGGUUUUUUGAUACCAAAUGUUAACUCGGAUCGUCGAACCGGACCCCUCCUGCCUCCACAUCUAUCCUCCCUCGGAAUACCCAAACGAUAUGGCGGCAACUGCAUCUUCGAUAUGUAUUCUUUGACAUAUGUCGAUGAACCAGAUGCCAAUCUACUCUGUCCUAUCUGUCAUGAUCCGCUGGUGGAUCCAGUUACAACUCCCUGCGAUCAUACAUUCUGCUAUCGAUGCUUGCGACAGAGCAUCGAUUCUGGUCCUUCCGGAACGGCCUGUCCCAUUGACCGAGAGCCUCUUGCCUGGCCUAACUGCUUCAGCGCACCACGGCUCAUUCGCACUCAGCUUAAUAGUCUCAAAGUCAAGUGUCCUUACCAUGCACGAGGCUGCAAAUCGGAAGUUCGUCGGGAGGUAGUCGAAACACAUGCUACGACGGAAUGCCGGUUCAAGGACUUCACCUGCCCCGGCGCUGAUUGUGACAAGAGAUUACGCUCCAAACCCGAAGAUGAUACUUGCCCACACAAGGAAGAUAAAUGUUUACACUGCAAAGUGACAAUCGAGGCCACUGAUCGCGAACUGCAUUUGUUGUCAUGUCCGAACAGCAAAACUCGCUGUGAGACAUGCUGGAAGCUCGUAUAUCGCAGCCAGAUCAAGGACCACGAUGAAUUAGAAUGCGAAGGUGCUGUUAUCAACUGUCCUUAUAGCGAGUUUGGUUGUCCAGCUCGUGCGAUGCGCGGGCAAAUGGAUGCUCAUACUCUGGCUUGCGCAUUCCACCCAGACACACCGUCAGGCAUGAUAAUUCGCUCACAACGAGAAAUUAUCGAUUCCUACACCAACCUCGGCCAACAAGUCCAGCAACUCCAGACUCGCCAGGAUGAAACAAAUCAACGCAUCACAGAAUUUAACUCAUCUCUCAGUCGCCGGGGCGUGGGCGAAUCGGUAAUGGGUGACAACCGCACAAUUCAAGACCUCGACGCUGGUUUCGAAGAAGUUCACCAGAACCUGACACACCUCGAGGCACGGCAGAGUAUGUGGACUAUCAACCAAAUCAUGCCCAUCCGCGAGGAGGUAACUGAACUGCGAAACAAUAUUAACAUGAUUCGAAUGCAUGUUAACUGGCUCCUGAACCGAAGCCGCGAAGAAGGCCGCAUAAGAGCGGCCGCGAGCUCUGGAUCCACGGCGACUUUGCAGAGGGACAGGUCGGUAGAAGGCCCUCGUCUCGCAGAACGUCGUCGGUCAGCUAGUGUCGAAGGAACAGAUUUGCCCCGUCUGUGA